AUGGAUCAGUCAAUCCCCUACUCCAGGCUAUGUCAUGGCGUUACUGCCCUACAGCCCGCUGCCCUUUACAAAGCCGCGUUAUUACCAUCCACAACGUCAAACCUCAACCUCUUCCAUAUGCCAAUUCAUACCGACACGGUUUUUGUACACCCAAAUCAGCCCCAAGCCACUCCCCCGAAUUCGUCUCACAAACAUCACGACAAAGAUAUGUCUCAAGAAACAUCCAACGGCCCAGAAGAUGGUCUGAGAGGCACUGGUGACGCACCUCGACGGGGCACUGUGGUAGGAACAGAUCGACCAACUUUCGACCUUAUACAAGACCAAUCACACACAGAACGCAGCACCGAGCUACCAAACCCAAGGAAGCCGGACGAGGUGCAUGUGCAACACGACAGAGACGCAAGACACCGAGAUGGGCGCCGGAUAGCGCCAUCUACCCUGCCUCCAAUCCGCCAUGCACAGAACUACGACGAAGCGCAACCCGGCCAACCUGGUCCCGAUUUCUCCGAAGACAGGCCUGCUUUCAACAGAGGAAAAUCUGUAAUUGACAACACGGCGCUGGUAUCCGCAGGGCCCACACCAGCCUUCGAAGUUUCCAAUCCCAUGGCAUCUGCGUUCGUCAAGGGCACAGGAGGAUCCAGACAGAGAGAGUCACAUCUACCGGAUCUGGAUAUCAGAGACGCAGAUGUGUAUGGGUCUGAUAAGGAAGCAUUUGAGAUGGAAGAGCCCAAGGAUGAGAUCAAUGGACAGGACGAGUUUGCACCGACACUAUCGCGUCAAGAGACGGAAAAGGGAACUGGCGAUUUGGACAGGUUCUAA